UAUCUAGGCUUCGCAGGUGGCGGCGCCUUGCGUAGUUUUCUGGGCCUGCGAAUAUAGGCCAGCAGAGGGUUCCUGUCCUCGCCGGCGUCUGAAUCGUCGAAAUGGAGGUUCCUCGAAAGCCAGCUUAGGCUCAUCGUGGUUGAGGGUCGUCCUUGGACAUGGUGAUAACCCACAAAAACGGCCCGCGGAGCUUUCCGUGGAGUAUGUCUUGAACCGAACUGCCUCAUGUCCAGGACCCCAGUUCUCGACCGCCGAUCCCUGCCAAGCAACCUAUCUUUCUGCUCAUCUGUCGAAGAUGCACACCUUCGAUAGUGAUUGCUCUAAUGUUUAUUGUUUCAUUCAUGGUACCAGCCGUGGUCCUAAUGACUACUAACUUGGGUGGCCUCUCGUCAUUGUUUUUUUUUUUGGAUCUGCAUUCAGUGCGGACAAUGCGUCUCAGUGGUGUCCGUUAUGUACAGUCCUCAUUCAGGACGCCCUAUAAGGUGGUAUAUUCCUUUCAGUUCCCCCAAAUUCACGAUGAAGUUCUCAAAGGCGCUCAAUGCCAAGAAUUUGCAAGGCACGAUGAAGGCCCCGACUUGGAUUCUCAAGCCUCUCAAGUGCAGGACAUGCCAUCCUAUGACCAAGCUCAAGAAGCACAGGACGAUCAGGUGCCUAUCGGCGAAGCCCAACCUCAAGUUGGGACUGACGAUCCAAUUAAACCACAAGCGACCUCAAACCAUGCACCAUUGCUACUACAAGAACUGGAGGAACCGUUCUCCCCAGACAGUGACCCCGACCCGCUACACUUCGUCGACCCUUGGGAUUUCCUCUUAACACACCCCGAAGGUUUACCCCACCCCAACUCGGAACCUCCUCUGGACCUCGGACUCGGACUUGGUUUGUUCGAUUUUGAAUCGGAGUCGUUGUUGGAAUGGGACCAGAUGCAGGUAUAUUCAUCACUAUGACCUAAUUCAUCAAAGAUGCACCAUGACAAUCUGUUCCUCCUGGUUCUUACGAUGAUGAUUAAACAUCAUGCAACAUGUCCCGUCCUAGAUCAUCUUGUCAUCUUCAUGCAAUGCUCUGUUUUUUCCGCCGCACCUUUCCAUUUG